AGAAGAUCAUAUUGAAAGCAAAAAGAUUUAAAGACAAAACGUAUAAGACAAUAUGUUUGAUUGGGUACAUGGAAACUCUCGAUUACCACUCGCCUUAUCUAUUGUCGAGCUUCUGGUAGAUAUGGAUUGCCAAGGAUGUGAAAGGAAGGUUAGAAGAGCCAUUUCCAAACUCGAUGGAGUUGAUACGGUAGAGAUAGACGUGGAUCGGCAAAAAGUGACGGUCACAGGGUACGUGGAUCGAGAAGAGGUUCUUAAAAUGGUGAAACGAACGGGACGAGUAGUGGAGUUCUGGCCAUUUCCUUAUAAUGGAUAUUAUGGCGACUAUUAUACGUAUCCUGCUCAAUACUUGGAACAAUCGGAUCAGAAGAUAAAUCAUGCAGAAAAUAAUGUUUCAUACAGUGGGAAAUACGAUUUGUAUGAAGACGGUUAUUAUCCUCGUCCGCCCCAAAAAGUUGAUGAAAAUGCUCUUCAUCUCUUUAGCGAUGACAAUGUACAUGCUUGUGCUAUCAUGUGAUUUUUUUGUAUUUUUAUCUUUGC